CGUUGGCCACGCCACACGUCGGUCGCCGGGCUUAAUUCGAGUUCUUUCCUCAUUCGAAUCGAGACGAAUCGAAUCUCGUUGUUGUCGUCCAUCGCCGGCGUGCGAAACGCGUCAGUUGCGAUCCGUAAAUCGCUUAAUUGGCCGACGGAAUAAUUUGGAAAGGAAGCCAAAGUAAGCAGCUCUCAAACAAAAUCAAAACGCUUUUCCUUCUUGUGUUUUGUGUGUGUUGUGGUUUUUCUUGUUUUUUGUUUUGUUUGCGUGUGUUUUUGUGUGUGCGUCGCGCUCUGUGUGCAGUGAACAAGUAAAACCAAGAGUAAAUAAUAUAUGCAACAUAAAUCAAAAUAAAAAUAUAUAAACCAAACAACAACAAUUACAACAGCUUACAGUUAGCGCCGCGUUAUUUCCGUUUCCGCGCCGCCGACGCGUCGUGCCUCGUCUCCCUUCCGUUUACCGUGACUCGUGAGCCGUGAUUCGUGAGUCGACUGCUGCAUAUCCUGCAAUUACUUAAAAGACUUUCAGUCUAAAUGGCAGACGCAGCACACAUGGAGCACAAACCUCGCCGGACGCUGAUGCUCUUGGCGCUCCUCACGGUUUGUCUGUUGCCCGACGCCAAGGCAGCCGGAAAUGAUGCUAUUUCCUCUGUCGUUGGCGUUGGUGUUGGCGCUGUUGCUGGUCACCGUCAUCGCCAGCCAGAGGCACCGACGCUGCUCCUGAAGAAACGUGACGCCAACAACAACAACGAGGAUAACGAAAACAACGACGACGACGAAACAACAACGAAGCAGCGACAAUCGAAGGCAUUCAGAGACUUUGAUUUUUCAGCCUAUGUCAAUGAUUUCAAUUUGCAAGCAGAGGCCAGCAUACCGGAGGACAUAUUUGACCAGCAUGAUGGCGACUUGGGCGAGGAUGCGGCCACCCAGCUGCAAUAUGUGGAGCCUGCGGAUGCGGAUGCUACUGCUACCGCUGCUGCUGAUGAUGACGAUGGCGAUGGCGAUGGCGACGGCAUCGAUGUUGACGAAUCCGAGGCGGCUGAUAUUAUACUUGAAUCUCAAAGGCCCACUUCAAGGAAUUUCACUGUUUACCUAGCCAAAGAUGGCAAAGCAGUCAAGAAGAAAUACCAAAACAACAACAACAGCAACAACAACAAUAACAGUAACAAUAAAAACCACUACAACUACAAAUUGAAAAACAAUAAAGAGAACACGUUGCCGAAGAGAGUUGCUCAAGAUGAAGAUGAAGAUGAAGAAGAGACAGCAGCCAAAUCCACUUCCGGUGACAACAACAACAACAACAGGCAACCGAAUGAGCAGGACAAAGUAAGCGUAGAUGGAGAUGAAGACACGGACAUGGACAUGGACAUGGAAAUGGCAGAGGAAGAUGAGGACAAUGUGGAGCAUGAGACGUCGAAGCCGAAGCCGAACGCGAACUUUGGCAGCAAAAGUUUUGCGUAUAAAAAAUUUAAGAACAUGCACGAACAGCAAAAUCAACAGAAGCAAAAGGAGCAGCAGCUGAAGCAGCAGCGGCAGGCAAAUGCCAACAGUCCAAGCCAAAGGAGUCGAAAUGGCGAUGGGAAACAACAGCAGCUGGAGCGGCAAAGGGAAAUGGAACGAGAAAGGGAGAGAGAAAGGGAACGUGAACGUGAACGUGAACGACAACGAGAGCAACAGCAGCAACAAGAGCAGCUGUUUGAUUCUAUUGAAAUAUUAAAUGAACGAAAAUUUAAUAAAGCGUCGGGCCAAUCAACGUUGCAAGCGGCUGCUGCUGUUGCUGCUGCUGCUUCUAAGGAUGUGGUCGCUGGCGAGGACAUUAUGGCAAUCGGCGAUAUUGAGGACAAUUUUGGUAAUGAUGAAGUAUUGGCGGAAAACAUUAAGUCCACAAUUGACAAUGAUGAAUCAGCAAAGGAGACAACCACAGCAACUUCCACCACCACCACCACAACAACAGCAGCAACAACAACAACAACAACAGCAGCAGCAAGAACAACAACAACAGCAGCAACAUCAAGCACCACAGCAGCAAGCACAGAGCUCAACUUGGACUCAGGUUACAUUGGACACAAGAAGAAGCGACACGGCCAAGCUUGGGGCAGCAGCAGAUACUAUGACAAGGACAACUACAGCAUAGGCCGUGUACAGCAGCAACAGCAACAGCAACAGCAGAAGGAGCAACAGCACAAGCAGACGUUACUCGAGUCAGAUUCCAUUUUAGAUUCCAGCUCCGAUGUGGGCGAGUUGCAUUACUAUGAUGGCAGAGCGGCAGAGUUGGCAAAAACUCUCGACAGCAAAUCGCAUGCCAAUUACUUGAGUGGCUAUUUUGCUCGCACAAUCAAUGAAACCAAACAAGAUGAGGACGACGACAACGACGACGAUGACGAAGGAGAAGGUGAAGGCGAAAGCGAAGCUGUGGUAGUCGGAGAAUAUGCGGAAGCGCAGCAGUUGCCACAACUCGAAACGGAAUCGGAAUCUGCAUUGCGUUAUCAUCCGGAUGUGGCAAGCACAACGGCAUCGCCGUCGGCCUUCGAGCGCUUUAAGGCGCUGCGUCGCAGCAAUCGCCGCAACGGACACAAGAUGCACAAAAAGCGCUACAAGGACUAUCUGAAGCACAGUCCGACGGUGACUCCUAAAUAUGCACUCAAGUUGCGCAAGGAUCGCGAGCAUCGCGAACGCGAACGUCAGCGACAACAGCAGCAGCAACAGCAGCAGCAACACGAUGAACAGCAGCAACAUGCGGCGCCAAUCUUUGCGCUUGGCUUGCGACCGCAGCGAGCGACAGCGAAACCCUUCUACGAGGGUCAGGUGAACUAUUACGAUCACCAGGACGAACCGCAGGAGCAACAGCAGCAGCUGCAGCCACAACUUGGCCACGAUGUGGACAGUCAUCAUACGGAAAUGGAGCGACUGAUUGCCAACGACAAUGGCAAUUGGUAUCGUCGGAUCAGUCCAGUGUUGCGCAACGGUGUGAAGACCACAAGCAACGAGCAACAGUUGCUGCUGCAUCAGCCACAGUCGAAGCAUCAUCAUCAUCAUCAUCAGCAUCACUUGAAGCAUCAUCAUCAUCAGCAUCAGCAUCAGCAUCACAAUCAUCAUCAGCAUCAGCAUUAUCAAAAGCAUUUGCAGCGCCAACGACAACCGAAUCCGUAUCAACGCAAAGCCUUGGCCCAGCCAGCCACGCCCCCAACCACACCCCUGGCGCCACUGCCGCCACCCAAACAGCAGCUGGGACAUCAGAUAACCGAACUGGAGCAACUCGAGCGCUACUACGCCAAGUGGCCGCAUCUGGCACGCGUUCAAUUCCAGGUGUACGACGAACACUAUCGCGAAUCGCAUCCGGAACUCUAUGCGGACUACGAGGCGGAUGAGGACUAUGAGACGGCCGCUGAGCUCGAGGAGGCGCAGCAGGAUCAUGGCGAGGAGGCGCUCCUCCCGCCGUACAUCAAGAAGUACAAUCGACGCAACAAGCAGCUGCUCAAUCUGCUCGAAGGCACUUUACCGCCGCCGACGCCGACGCAACUGCUGCCGAUUCGCCUGGACGAUGAGUAUGUGAAGCAGAAGCGACGCCGUUAUCAGCAGCGAUACGAAGAUCUUUUCGCCCAGCAGCGCAGCACGAGCACCACGAGCAGCAGCAGCAGCAGCAGCGCAUCGCCAACAGCAGCAUCAGCAGUAACAGCAACAUCUUCGGUGACUUCGCUCGUUGUUGGCAAUCAGUUGCCCGAGGAGGACAAACAAGUGGAGGAUGCCAUCAACAAUUAUUACGAGGCAAACGCAGCGAGUAAAGUGGCAACGGAAGCGGCGCCAAAAGCGGCGCUCUUCAAGCUUCCACUCUAUCCGGCCAUUGCGGGCAGCUUCCUCGGCACGCCGCGCAGUCGCAGCGCACAAUUUGUGGCGAAUGUCGCCGGACGUGGACAGCAAAGCAGCUGGCCUGGAGUUGAGAGCAACACUUCAGCGCCGCCUUCAGCCGCAGCAGCUGCAUCGCCGCCUGCCGCAUCGCCUCUCAACUCGUUUGUCUAUCAUCGUGUUGUGGAUGGUGUGGGAUCAUCAUCAUCCUCAUCAUCAUCAUCGACGGCGACCAGCUCGAGUCGCAAGCAGCGGCUGCCAUUUGUGGCCAUCACUGAUCGGCGGCUGGACAGCUUGAGCUCGCGGCACAAAGACUUUGAGCAAUCGAAUCACUAUCCGUUGCCUUAAACAGCCAAGCAGCGAUUAUUCUAUAUACAUAUAUAAUUAUUUUUUUUUUUUGGGCAUGAAACAUAUCAACAACAACAGCAGCAGAAAAGUAGAACAAAAAGCGAUGUGCAACCCCCAAAAAAAGAAAAGAAAA